AAGCGUAAAGAACCCUCUCUCUUUUCAUCAAUAUGUCUGACCGUCUUUACAGCAAGGGCCGUGUUUUGGGUUUCGAACGUGCUAAGCGUAACCAAAACCCCAACACCUCUCUCAUUCAAGUUGAAGGUGUCCAAACCACCAAGGAUGCUCAAUUCUACCUCGGUAAGCGUGUUGCCUACGUUUACCGUGCUCAACGUGAAAUCAACGGUUCCAAGAUCCGUGUUAUCUGGGGCCGUAUUGCUCGUACUCACGGUACUAACGGUGUUGUCAAGGCUCGUUUCCGCAAGAACUUGCCCCCUAAGGUUUUCGGUGCUUCCGUCCGUGUUAUGCUCUACCCUUCCAACAUCUAAAUUGUGUAAAUUGUAUUCAAAUUGAAUAAUAAUAAAAUAAAAUGAAAAAGAACUAUGACAUAUAAA